CGCCGCUCCCGCCCGGCGCCAUCGCGGCUGCUGCGGCCACCCCGGGCCGGCCAUGGCCACCGACUCGUGGGCCCUGGCCGUGGACGAGCAGGAGGCGGCGGCCGAGUCGUUGAGCACUUUACACCUGAAGGAUGAAAAAACCAAACCAGAUGCCAAUGGUGCCGUUGUCAAGGCAGAUGACAAUGUGGAGAAGACGGAGGAUGAGGAGAAGGAGGACAGAGCUGCCCAGUCCUUGUUGAACAAGCUGAUCCGCAGUAACCUGGUUGACACCACAAAUCAGGUGGAGGUGCUGCAGAGGGACCCCACAUCACCCCUCUACUCUGUCAAGUCUUUCGAGGAGCUGCGCCUGAAACCACAGCUCCUGCAAGGAGUCUAUGCCAUGGGCUUCAACAGACCAUCUAAAAUCCAGGAGAAUGCCCUGCCCAUGAUGCUUGCUGAACCCCCGCAGAACCUCAUCGCGCAGUCGCAGUCCGGGACCGGCAAGACAGCUGCCUUCGUGCUGGCCAUGCUCAGCAGGGUUGAGCCCGGGAACAAGUAUCCGCAGUGUUUGUGCCUUUCCCCAACAUACGAGCUGGCACUUCAAACAGGAAAAGUGAUUGAACAGAUGGGGAACUUCUACCCAGAGCUGAAACUUGCGUAUGCUGUCAGAGGCAACAAACUGGAGAGAGGGCAGAAGAUUUCGGAGCAGAUCGUCAUCGGCACGCCCGGCACCGUGCUGGACUGGUGUUCCAAACUGAAAUUCAUCGAUCCCAAGAAGAUCAAGGUGUUUGUGUUGGAUGAGGCAGAUGUGAUGAUCGCCACCCAGGGCCACCAGGACCAGAGCAUCCGCAUUCAGAGAAUGCUCCCCAGGGACUGCCAGAUGCUCCUGUUUUCAGCCACUUUUGAGGAUUCUGUGUGGAAGUUUGCUCAAAAAGUUGUUCCUGACCCAAACAUUAUCAAACUGAAGCGUGAGGAGGAGACCCUGGACACCAUCAAGCAGUACUAUGUGCUGUGCAAUAACAGGGAUGAGAAGUUCCGGGCUCUCUGUAACAUCUACGGGGCCAUCACCAUCGCCCAGGCCAUGAUCUUCUGCCAUACUCGGAAGACGGCGGGGUGGCUGGCGGCCGAGCUGUCCCGGGAGGGCCACCAGGUGGCGCUGCUCAGCGGGGAGAUGAUGGUGGAGCAGAGAGCGGCCGUCAUCGAGCGCUUCCGCGAGGGCAAGGAGAAGGUGCUGGUGACCACAAACGUCUGUGCCAGAGGGAUUGAUGUAGAGCAGGUGUCUGUUGUUAUCAAUUUUGACCUGCCUGUGGAUAAGGAUGGCAAUCCAGACAACGAGACCUACCUGCACCGCAUCGGCCGCACCGGCCGCUUCGGCAAGCGAGGGCUGGCCAUUAACAUGGUGGACAGCAAGCACAGCAUGAACAUCCUCAACAGAAUCCAGGAACAUUUCAACAAAAAGAUAAACAAAUUGGAUACUGAUGACUUGGAUGAAAUUGAGAAGAUAAAUAACUGAAAUAGCUGCUGGAACUGGUGUGUGCCCUGCUGUGGAAGCUCUCCCACUACAAUUGGAUCAAUGUUUGGAUUGGCACAGCCUCUCGGCUCGUCCCGAAAAGGACUCUUCAAGAUAUGAGUACACAAAAAUUACCUCAUGUUCAAAAUUGCAGUUGGACUUCAAAUUGUGCAACUAUGGGGAGGAAGAGGAAAUGUUUACAGAAGCUUUUAACAUUUCUUAGUUUAGCCUUAAAAUGGGAUGAUCUUUGGAAUUCUGAGAAAUACACUUGCCAAAAGAGAGGCAAUAGGGAAUACCUAAAAUUUUAAAAGGAAAAAAAUAUUAUCUUUAAUUGGGAUAAUGUGCAGCAUUAACCUGGUCAGUUUAAAUCCAACAGCUGAAUAUAUAACGGACACAAGGAAAGGGAAAAAAAUUUAAAAAAAAGAAAACCUAAAAACCCCAAACGAGGCAACUGGUUUUUGGCUAAAUACUUAACUUGUACAAACUAGGAUGUCACUCCCCUGAGCUCUUUAAGACUCAUUUCUGGCUUUCUGAUGGAUUUGCCCUGCUUUUCCUUCCAUAAAUUGUCCUGAGGAAGUCUCCAGUAGCUCCUACUCGCAAACACAGGUGCAGUGUGGCUUUGCUGGGCAGCAUUUUCUUUUCCUUUGUCCAGGAUUUGUUGGGAUGGCCGCUCUCCGUGCCGUGGGUGGUGGUGACACUACACAAGCUCAUCCCAAGUGUUUAACCUGGCUGUGGUGUG